AUGGGGGCGUUGUUGUCUUUGCCGCUGAUGGCGGUGCCCAGCAUUGGCACGGUCAUAGGGUUCGCUGCCAGUUGCUGCGGUGCAGCAACCUGCUCAGCUGUGUGCAGUGCUUGCGGGAAAUGCGGCAACAGUGUUGCCACGCGUAUUGGCUACGCCCUCAUACUCCUUGUUAACUCGAUUUUGUCCUGGAUAAUGCUCACUCCUUGGGCUAUCGAGAAGCUCGAACACCUCAUGCUUGACUAUGUCAAGAUCGACUGCCCCAACGGCCAGUGCUAUGGCUGGAUGGCUGUCCACCGCUUCAACUUCGCCCUUGGCCUCUUCCAUCUUAUCUUUGCCGGCCUCCUCUUCGGCGUCACGUCUUCCAAGAACCCGCGAGCCGCUAUACAAAACGGAUACUGGGGUCCCAAGGUCAUCGUCUGGCUUGCUUUCGUUGUUCUCUCUUUCCUGAUUCCGGACGAGUUCUUCCAGUUCUACGGCGCCUACAUCGCCCGCUUUGGUGGAAUGCUGUUCCUCAUCCUCGGUCUCAUCCUCCUUGUUGAUCUGGCACACAACUGGGCCGAAUAUUGUCUCGAACAAAUAGAGGAAACCGACUCAAAGAUUUGGCGGACGGUGCUCAUCGGCUCGACAUUAGGCAUGUACCUCGCCUCGCUUGCCAUGACCAUUGUCCAGUACAUCUUCUUCGCUGGGUCCGGUUGCUCUAUGAACCAGGCUGCCAUCACCAUCAACCUCCUCCUUUGGAUCGGUAUUUCGUUCAUCUCAGUUCACCCCACAGUCCAGGAGUACAAUCCCAAGGCUGGACUGGCCCAGGGCGCCAUGGUCGCUGUCUACUGCACGUAUCUGACCAUGUCCGCCGUCUCAAUGGAGCCGGAUGACAAACAAUGUAACCCUCUUGUUCGCGCUCAGGGUACUCGGACGACCUCAGUUGUUAUUGGCGCUGUUGUUACCAUGCUGACCAUUGCGUACACCACUACGAGGGCUGCCACGCAGAGUCUUGGACUAGGCUCCUCUGGCGGCAUCCGACUUCCCGAGGAGGACGAGCACGACCUUGUCACCCAGCAGCCCAGCGGCCACAGGCAGAUGCGAGCCGAGGCGUUACGCCGCGCCGUCGAAGAGGGCAGCUUGCCGGCAGAUGCUCUCUUGUCCGAUGACGAGAGUGAGGCUGGCAACAACCACACCCAUGGCGACGAUGAGCGCACGAGGACCCAGUAUAACUACACCGUCUUUCACAUUAUCUUCUUCCUGGCUACGACGUGGAUCGCCACACUAUUGACUCAGAGCUACGACGAUCAGAACGCUGAUGGCAACUUUGCUCCCGUCGGCCGAUCCUACUGGGCCAGCUGGGUUAAGAUCGUGAGCGCCUGGGUCUGCUACGCCAUGUAUGCCUGGACACUUGUGGCUCCGGUUAUCCUUCCAGACCGCUUCGAUUUUUCAUGA